AAAGUGGGCCCAAUUCUGCUAGGCCCAAUAGCCAUCCUUCCUCACCUCGCUCACCCGCGUUCGCCGGCGACCACGACGAACCAAGCCCUAGUCCCCGCCACGCCACCGUCCGCCGGCCGCCGGCGACGCCCCCACCGCCGGAGGAGGCCAACCCCAUCCAUCCAUCGCCCCUCCACCGACGCGCGGCCGCACGUCCAUGAGAUCACGGCGGCUCCCCUGUGCGGAUGCGGUGUUCCGACCCCGCUUCACCGAUGAGGACGCACGAGCGUGCAGCGAUUCUCGUGGGCAUUUCGCCUCAGGACGCGAUCCAUCCCCGCCGCCGCUGCUGCCGGCACAGUGUGAGGAUCAUGUGGGAGGUACCUCUGGUCUUGCAGAUGUUUCAUCCUUAGGGGACUUUCCUGGUGCUACAACAUUGAAAGAAUCAACCGCUUCCAGUCCCACUUCCUCCCUACAGGCAGUACCAGAUGACACCAUUGAUGCUCCGCAGUCAGGGCACUGCCUUUCCUCAUCCCUUGGCUCAAUCAUUUGGGUUCAGAAACCUCCUCAUGGCCGACCUGGCGUAUACCACAUUAGAAAGGAUCGUUUGGGGUCUUUCCAUACGUAUCCUGAUCUGGGUGGUCCAUUUCAGAGCUUGAAUGAAGCUGAAGAUGUUAUCAGUAGCCAUAUUAACAAGCUGUAUCCACCAGUUAAGUUCGAGGAACGAGCUGGGGAAUCUUACGUGGACAUGAUUAUAAGGAAAGCACUUUAUUGGCCUGAUGGCACUAGGAAGAAAUGUUCCAAAGCAGAAGCAUUUCAGAAUGUCAAUAAUAAUAUGAAUCAACUGGCUAAGGUGAUAUUAGACAUGUAUAACGAUGACCACAAUCUUUUGGAGGAUCUUGCUUUUGAGCUCAAAGGUGUCAUUAACUAUGAACCAAUUAUUGAAAGUCGUAGGUGGUUUGAUCAUAUUAAUUUCACUGCGACUACUAAAGGACUAAAUGGGUUGGACAGUGACCAUCUAUUUUUCGCUGAAGCGAUGUCUUUGAAAGGAGAAAAAGAUUAUGUGGUCACUUGCUGCUCUUUGAUAAGUUCUGAUGACAAUGGUAACUGCUAUACCUGCAAGAUUGGGAAUAAAAGUAUGAAGCACCCAAGUGAUGUCAAUUCAUAUGUUGGUGGUCACUGUUAUAUCAAAGGAAUAUAUGACACUAUAGUGUCGAGUGACUCUGAAGAGGAUGAGGAUGCAGAGGAGCAGAGGCUAAGAAAAAUGUAUCAGGGUCUUGAUGAUCCAGGUGUAUGUGAAGAGCUCUUUGAUUGAGAUCAUGUCAGUUGCAACUGUAACGGAUUUAUAAUUAGCAUAUGUCAUGCAACCAUGUUGUGGAGCUGUAGUUUUAUUUAGUUAUCUUUGAUCUUGAUUAUGAAUUGUUGGGGUUUCGUUCUCGCGUACUACCUGCGCUCUAACUCUUGUUGCAAUCAUCACACGUCGACGUCGUGACUUGUGUGUCCUCUCAAUUUAAACCGUAAUACGUUCCUUAAACCUUGUGCUUUCCAUCUAGUCCUGUAUAUACUGUUUUUUGAGAAGCUUUUGAUUGAGAAUGAGUCGUGUGUAUGCUA